CAUCAAUGCCCGACAUGCGACCAAACGUUUCUUAGCGAACACGAAUUGAAAAGACACAUGCAAACUCAUAGAGGCGAAAGGCCGUUUCAAUGCAAUUUGUGCGGAAAAAGCUUUCCAAUGAAGUAUCGUUUGAGAGAGCAUAUGAAAGUGCACUCGGAAGAAAGACCAUUCAAGUGCAAUUACAAUAGCUGUGAAGAAAGCUUUAAACGAAAAUGCAACUUGAAAGAACACAUGUACACAGCGCAUUUCGAUAAGAUUUUAUCUAAAAUUACACCAAACGACCCGAAGAUAAUAAGCCGUAAAUGUAAUGUUUGCUUAAAAGUUUGUGCAUCUCCCUCUAAUUUAAGACGUCAUCUCAGAACUCACACCGGAGAACGGCCAUUUUCGUGUAUUUUUUGCAACGGCACUUUCAAUGACAAAAGUAGUUUAAACAGACACAUCAAAAGAAUCCAUCCGAAAGAGAAAACUUCAUCUGGCUCCGAAAAAAGUACAAAAGUCGUUCAACCAUCAACAAGUUUUCAAAGACCACAGUCAAUAGAAUUUGAAGAAAUUUUAUCAAACCAGAAUAUCUUUACUUUAAAAGACUGCGAAGAAUUCCUUGAAAACCUUAAGGUCAAUUUAGGAAUUAUCCAACAAAAAUUACCUAAUUCAAUUAGAACACAAGACGUUCAACGAGAACAGAAAGAAUCGUUUGAACAACCAUCAACAAGUUUUCAAAGACCACAGUCAAUUGAAUUUGAAGAAAUUUCAUCAGAACAGAACCUUUUUACUUUAAAAGACUGUGAAGAAUUCCUUGAAACCGUUAAUGUCAAUUUAGGAAUUAUCCAACAAGAAAGUUCCUCACAAGUGACGUUCUUCCCAGAAAUGGACGUUGAAGAAAUUAAAUUGAAGUGUCCGUUCUGUGGUGAACAAUUUUUUGACGACGUUUCGCUUAAAGAACACGAAAGAAAUGUUCAUCCGUGUAACUAAUUAAUUGUAGACAACUAAUUUUCAAAUUAUAUUAAAAUCAUAAGGUACCAAAGGUGCUAAUGUAGAUAAAUGUGAUUUAAUCAAAUGCGAAAAGAAAAAAUUAAAAAGAAAUUGCACCUUACAAUGACACGAUGUUUAUCAUAUUUGAAUAAGUAGUAAAAAUUACUAAAGUUGUAUAUUUUAUCUGAAAAAAUUUCUGGUGUUUUCCUACAUAUAAUUUUAAUACUAACCCGAAGCAGAUUAUUCGUAGUUUUCUUAUAUUCGUAAUCUUGUACUAAUAUUAAUAAAACAAAAUUACAUUUUUGAAUCAUUUACA